GCUUCACUCUCCACCAGAGCAUUGGGGAGCUUGAACAUGCAGGUUGACAAUUCUACAUUUGGAGAAGGAACUGUUUCUAAUAGUUGGGUUGGCGGGCAUACGUAAACCAAGAUAUAGUGGCCUUGGUGGUCUUGAAUCUGUCGAGUUUUUUAGGCUUUUCGGGGAGGCUUUGAAGAUAUCAGUUUGGUUGGGGAAAGAAUUUUGGGUUGUCAAUUUUGCGGAGUAGUGAGCUGUUCUGUCAAAGUGACUAUGACUAUGGGAGUAAAAGAUUUGUUGCAUCGCUCUCUUCCUGGCGCUGGUCCUUACAGUACGCGCUUCGCAGAUUAUCAGGCCAAACCGCCCGAUGUAGCAGCCUCGACACGUGUUCCCUCAUUGAAAAAUCAAGGGCGCACACUACCUCACAUUGUUGGUCUCUCACAUUCCCAUACGUCCUCCGGAGCUCUUACUUUGUGGCGUAGAGAUGUCCGUAGCUGGAGCUCACUGCAGUUCAACCCACUCCGAGAUGGCAUCACUAAACAAACUUUAUAUGGAAAACCAUUAAGAGCCAAGAGCUUGACAGUCGCUGCGGCUGCUUCAGGGAGCCCAAAUGGCAGCUCGGAGGGUGAGAAAGCCAAGCCAAAGACGCGUGCCAAACAGGAUGUAGCAACUUUGCGAGAAAAGCUUAACAACUUCAUAGACAAGUACUGGGGCUACUUGUGGCUUGGUGGACCAAUCGUGGCUACAGCUGCAGUUUUCAUUCCACCAGCCACCAUCCCUUUGAUCUUACUCUUGCAGAAAAAUUUCUUGGUUGGUCUCUUGGCCACCUUUGGUCUGGAUGCCCUCUUCGUUUUUGCAGCAGAUUUAUUCUUCGUGUUGGCGGAUAAAGCUGGCCACCAUCAGACAAAUUCCGGCGGGUCUCCUCCCUGGAUUGGCCCAUGGGAGUACACUGGGUACCCGAAGGGCGAGCCCGUGCUCACCAAAGUCGUUGCUUACGCUGGGGUGGCAAUUGGUGUCAUUGGGGUGAUCCUGUCUUUUUUCCUUGGCAAACUAGCAGUGGGCCUACCAGCUUUUGGUUCCUACUUGGCCUUGAUUUUUAUUCAGGUGGCAUAUGAGAAGCUACUCAUUAACGACAGGGUGCCAGCCUAUCCUCUCGUCCCGAUCGUGUACACAAUGUUCAGGUUCAAGCAAUUAGCAAGAGCUGCGGAGCUUGUGAUGGUAAUGGGAGGAGGAGCUCCAUUAACGUUCAUAAUUAAGGCUCUGACGAUUGUAUGGACAUUCUACUUGGCCAUGCAAUUGAUCCAGAUUCCGUGGCUUUAUUCCACGUGGAAUUCCAACAAGGUUGCUUAAGUUGAUCACAGAAAGUCCCUGCUUUGUAAAGUUUUCGUACUAAUGGUAACUGAGGCUCUGUAGAUGGUAUUCAUGAGAUUCUUAGAGGUAGUUUUCUUCCUGGGUUGUUACCGAGGUCUUGUUGGCCAAAAUCUUCUGAUCUAAUGGCAGCAUCUAUUGUUCUUACUCUGACA